CUGUCUGAUUUCGUUACUGUUAGCUAGCCACAACAGUACGUUUUGCUCGUCAUUGUUGUCAUUUUAAAGACUUUAAUCGAGCUUUUAAUCUUUAUAAAUACACUGGUGGCCGUCCUGUGAUGGGCAUUACCUCCAGGAUGAUUCCUACCGAGGAUGCGUCCGCCAGGAAGCGGGAAAUAGAGGAGAAACUGAAGCAGGAGCAAGAGACGCUGUCAUUCAUCCGAGAAAACCUGGAGAAGAGUGAUCAGCUGACCAAGGGCAUGGUCUCCAUCCUGUCGUCGUUCGAGAGCCGUCUGAUGCAGCUGGAGAACUCCAUCAUCCCGGUGCACAAGCAGACAGAGAACCUGCAGCGCCUGCAGGAGAACGUGGACAAGACUCUGUCCUGCAUGGACCACGUCAUCAGCUACUACCACGUGGCCAAAGACACAGACAGGAUCAUCAGAGAGGGUCCGACAGGCAGACUGGAUGAGUACCUUGCUUGUAUUGCAAAGAUUCAGAAAGCUGUGGAAUAUUUCCAGGAUAACAACCCUGACAGCCCCGAACUCAACACAGUGAAAGCUCGCUUUGAGAAGGGCAAAGAGCUGCUGGAGGCGGAGUUCCGCAGCCUCCUGACCCGCUACAGUAAACCCGUUCCCCCCAUCCUCAUCCUGGACGCCAUCAGUGUGGACGAGGAGCUGGAGGUCCAGGAGGAUGUGGUGCUGGAACAUCUGCCAGAAGCUGUGCUCCAAGACAUCAUCUGCAUCGCCGGCUGGCUGGUGGAGUACGGACGCAACCAGGAUUUCAUGAACGUCUACUUCCAGAUCAGGUCCAACCAGCUGGAUCGCUCCAUCAAAGGCCUUAAGGAUCACUUCCGCAAGAACAGCGCCAACUCUGGGAUCCUCUACUCGCCCGCCGUCCAAACCAAACGCAAGGACACGCCCACCAAAAAGGCCCCCAAGAGACCAGUCUACAUCCCAGGUUACGAUCAUGACUCUCGGGUCAAACACCUCUCUGACGCCGUGACCGAGAAGCACGGGGCCGCCGCAGGAAAAGACGAUGUUCUGGACAUAGAGAUCGACUCCUACAUCCACUGCAUCAGUGCCUUCGUCAAGCUGGCCCAGAGCGAGUACGCCCUGCUGGCAGAAAUCAUCCCCGAGCACCACCAGAAGAAGACCUUCGACUCUCUCAUUCAGGAGGCACUGGACAACCUGAUGCUGGAGGGAGACAACAUCGUGUCUGCAGCUCGCAGAGCCAUCAUGCGCCACGACUACUCAGCCGUGCUCACCAUCUUCCCCAUCCUCAGACACCUGAAGAUGAACAAGGCUGAGUUUGACUCCACGCUGCAGGGAACAGCAGCAAGUACCAAGAACAAGCUGCCCACUCUCAUCACCUCCAUGGAAACCAUCGGAGCCAAAGCUCUGGAGGAGUUCGCAGACAGCAUCAAGAAUGAUCCGGAUAAAGAGUACAACAUGCCCAAGGAUGGAACCGUGCACGAGCUGACCAGCAAUGCUAUCCUCUUCCUGCAGCAGCUGCUGGACUUCCACGAGACAGCCGGAGCCAUGCUGGCCUCACAAGUACUGGGGGACACUUACAAUAUACCUUUAGACCCCAGAGAGACGAGCUCUUCAGCCAACAGCUACACCUCGGAGUUCAACAAGAGGCUCCUCAGCACUUAUAUCUGUAAGGUACUGGGGAACCUGCAGCUGAACCUGCUCAGUAAAUCCAAAGUGUACGAGGACUCGGCUCUGAGCGCCAUCUUCCUGCACAACAACUACAACUACACCCUCAAGUCUCUGGAGAAGUCAGAGUUGAUCCAGCUGGUGACGGUGACUCAGAAGAAAGCUGAGGGUUCGUACAGAGAGCUGAUCGAGCAGCAGAUCCAGAUGUACCAGCGCAGCUGGCUGAAAGUCACGGAGCACCUGACGGACAGGAACAUGCCCGUCUUCCAGCCCGGCACCAAGCUGAAGGACAAGGAGCGGCAGGUGAUAAAGGACAAAUUCAAGGUGAGGUCAGCACGACGCUGGCACCACGUCGUCAAAUAUCUUCAUUCCACAGUGUCUUUGGUAGCAUGGAUGUGCGAAGUCUCGGGAAAUAAGUAA